CCCUGGCCCUGGUCCUCUCAUGUGCAGGUAGGUGUCAAGUAGGAAAUGAAUAUUUCAUGCAAGCGAUUGGACGCUACAAUUGCUUCUCAAAAUUCCAUGCAAUUGCUGCUUCCCUUUCCCAAUUCCCAAAAAUUUAUCCAUUCGACUUUUUUCUGUUUCUGAAAUUGCCAAAACCCUAACUUUCAAUUCUUCCCGGUUCCGGCCAUAGAAAUGCCUCUCCCGUCUGACACUUGCACGGACGGAGAUGCGCCCGCUUCAGAGCCACAGCUCAUGAACAAGGCUGCUGUUCAUUCGCCGGACAGCAAUUUUGGGAGGCCAGAGAAGAGACUCAAUGAUGCUGAGGUGUAUGUCCCAAUAGUGUAUGGAACAAUAGCAUUCUGGCUUGGAAAGAAGGCCACUGAAACCCAGUCGCAUAAGUGGACGGUUUAUGUUCGUGGGGCAACAAAUGAGGGUCUUGGUGUUGUUAUCAAAAGGGUUGAAUUCCAAUUGCAUCCAAGUUUCAACAACCCUGUGAGAGUUGUGGAGUCACCACCUUUUGAGUUAUCAGAAUGUGGUUGGGGUGAAUUCGAAAUUGGGAUUUCACUGUUUUUUCACAAUGAUGUUUCUGAAAAGAAAUUGCAUUUGUUUCAUCACUUGAAACUGUAUUCUGAAGCGGAACCUGGUCCCGUGUCAACUAAGAAGCCUGUUGUAGUGGAAAAAUAUGAUGAGAUUGUGUUUCCAGAACCUUCUGAGCAAUUCCUUUCUCGUGUUAAGAGUCAUCCUGCUGUUGUUGUUCCAAGGCUUCCUGCAAAUUUAAACUUGACUCUUCAAGCUCCGGUAGAUGCACAUAAGCUGAAGAGAGGUGAUACGAAAAACCAUCCACUUAGCCAGUGGUUCAUCAAUUUCUCGGAGGCAGAUGAGCUUCUUAAACUCACUGGGAUUCGUCAGCAGGUGCAAGCUCACAUCAUAAAGAUGAGGAGACAAUUGAGCAUGAUGGAAGAGCUGCCUCUGACAAUCAAACCAGAGCUUGGUUAAGAAAUAAAUAUACAGUACGGCUCCUCCUCGUUCCACAUUUACAGAACUGCAAAUAUGCUAUCUUCAAGCUCGUAGAUAUCGUUUCUCUAACUUAAAUUAAACCAUUUUUCUUGUAUUACCAUCUACUUAAAAUAUGAUAGUCUGUCGUCUGAAUAUGUUUCUUGUCACCAGUGAUGUGAAUGAAAUGUAUUUCUUAUCCACCUGCAAUAAAAUGUGAAACUGUUA